UGGGGAAUCCUCGGUGUUGUAUGUAUAUUUUGCUUCACCUUUUUCAUUUUUUGUUUUAGCUGCUUGACUAUGGUAUUCAUUCCACUUGGGCUGUCCUUAUGAACUGGUGAACGUUUCAAGUUCGCCAAUCGUUUGUUGGGCUGCCAUUGGGCGUGGCAAACCGCAUGGAUGAUAGAACACCACACCAGUCUCUUCCCAGCUCAACCGAGCAUCCACCGAGACUUUGGUGAGUUGUGACUGUGAGCAGGACACGACACGGCAACACAGUAUCAUUCACCAAUGACAUUCACCAUGGACAUCCGUUCCGAACCGCAGCAGCGCGAUGCGCUCUCAGAGGGUCGGCGUAUAUACCUGGGCAAUCUGCUCUACACGGUCAAGCCCAACGACGUUGAAGAUCUGCUGAGGCGGACCGGGUUUGGCGAGUCGUUUGAGAAGCUGCAUAUUUCCGUCGACCCCGUGAGCGGCAGGAAUCCGGGCUACUGCUUCGUCGAGUUCAAGACGCGGGAGGAGGCCGAACGGGCGCUGGGCUCGCUGCCCAACACGCCUCUCUUCAACCGCCCCGUCAAGGUCGGGCCGUGCCAUCCCAAGACGCCUGCCCAGUCCCGCUGGCGCGGGAGUCGUGGCGCCGAGUAUAAACCUAUGUUCCAGCGGUGGGGGGACUGGAAAGGGGGCGAUGAGAACGCGGACCCAAAUGCGCCGCCGCGAGCAGAGGAACAGGGCCCGCGCGUGGCACUGCAGCAUCUGGAUAUGAGGAAGCGUCGCGGCAGCAGAGACAAGACCCAGCUCUUCAUCGGAGGUCUCGAUAUGAUGAUCAAUCAAGAGCAUCACGACACAGAGAUGCAAAAGCUCCUGGAGGGCUUCGAGUACGUCGCCAUUGGGAAGCGGAUCACCCCACGAGCGGAAACCCGGUCCAUGACAGGCCAUCACCAUUACUGUUUCGUCGAUUUCCGUACUAUUGAAGAGGCUGAGCGAGCGGCCAAUGUAUUGCACGGAACGCCGUUCAAAGGGGGCAACCUGCGUGUCAGUUUCACGAGAAGUAAGUGGACUGACGAGGGAUGGAAGAGAGUAGAACCAGUAGAUAGAGGGUUUAGCCAGGACUGGAAGAGAGCAGAGAGAGCAACUGACGGCUCUCGCGAGUCCAGUCAGCCUGCAACGGACAGGCAGCAACAGGACGGUCAGGAAGGACGGGACCGGAAGGAGCGAAGCGAUCGGCAGAGGGCGAUUAUGACGGCCACCAGUUGGCGACGGGGAGCGAGCGCCAGCUGAGAACUAGAGAGUAUGAUAACAUAUUGAAGCCUGGUUGAAGGCUCAUAUAUGUGGCCCUACUACCAGGAUUUUUCUUUCUUGCAAGUUCGUCCCAAACGGAAGGCUGAGCUAUUUCACCCUCAGCGAUAUCCUUGUGCCGCCUUCAGGGGCGAUUUAGCCUAUGAUUUCGGGCCACCUCCAAAAAAUUACAGCUGGGCCGCAGAACCACGCUUGAGUGCCAUGUGAGACUUGGUUUCAAUAUCAAACAACA